UUGCAUGAUAAAGAAAUUCAAAAAUUUUCACGCUAGGAUCGUACGACUACGGACAGUGUAGAUAGAUUAACGCUCAGGUAUCACACGGAAUGUUCUGCUCACUGCGAAUCUUCUGCUUUAAGUCUUCUGAUCAUCAAGCUAACGACCUCUAGACUGAAGAAACUUCCUAGCGCUAGAGCCCUUUUUAGAACGGUCAGUGGACUCUAGUUGCUUGUGUGCAAGUCCAUCCUCCUUGGCGAUAUCAACCGCAUCCUUUUCCUAAUCAUCACCCAUGAAAACCUUCAGCGUCGCCGGCAAGAAUCCGGCCAGCAUCGCAACCUCGCUCCGCUGCACCAGCGCAUCGACGGUCGGCUCUCUCGACAGGGUCGAGAAUACGAUCCGCAAAACGUCGCAGCCAAUGGCCGAAAGCACGUCGGACAAAUGCGCGGGGAGCAAGAUGAGCGCGGGCUGCGGGCGAGAUGUGCUGCAAGGCCUCUUUACAAGAAGCGGGAGCCCAGAUGCCUCAUCGAGGGCCGAAACAUCGCAGAUCGCGAGCGUCUUGUCGAAGCGGCCCGCAUCCCGCCCACUGCGCACCCGCGUCUCCCACUGCGCUUCCACCACACGAAUUAUGGCCACCCUCAGCGCCACACCGUGCUCCGCCAGUGCCGGGACCGCGCCGUCCCUGUGGUGGCUUGAGUACGCCAAGCCAUCCACCACAAAUCGUACGGGAAGAGGGUUGCCUCGCUGUUCGUCCUGUGGAGCUUCUCGGCCCAGAGAAGGGACCGCUCGAAUCGGGAAGUGUCCUGCGCGUAAGAGCGCUCUCAGUCGUUUUCAUGUAUACUGCCGGGACACGGCUGUGCGGAAUGUCGCCCCAUCGCCGGGCAGUAUGAGCAGCUCGGGGUCUCCGCUGGAGGCCCGCAUGGGAGCGAGGAUCCACCGCUGUAAACACGACCGCCGAGUAUCCGUCGCUUCGCAUGACUCGAGCGCCGAGUCGCUCAGCGCCGUUGGGAAGAUGAUCUGGCCUGCAGAGUACACAAUGCGCAUGGUGGCCGAGGAGACGUUCGUUCGGCGGUCGUAUCUGGCAUAACGCGUCUAGCAUUGUUUAUCCGGUCGAACCACUUGUGGGAGCGCCAUUCCGUUCGCUGUGGUCGGGCGACUGGCGCUGUCCUGCAGCGCAUCCAUCAUCAGAUUGCUUGGCGGUGGCAAGGAAGCGUCGACAGCGGGCAGGAGAAGGUCAUCGAGGAAGGACUCGGUGAAACAGCUCCUCGAUGUGGGGCAGGGUGGGGUUCUGCGCAGACUGCGUCCAGGAGGUACGGCGUUCCGGAUUGCGAGCAACAAGAGCGUUGUGGGAGCUGUGGGAGCUCUUACUUAUAUAUUGCUGAGGACGUCUCUUGACUGUCAAUGCCUGGGAGACAUAUACAUGGUA